AUGGAUUGUUUCUCUUCCCCUUAUCUUCAUCACCGCCACAACAGGUCACGAGCCAAGUCGUCUUCUUCUUCUCGGCUGACACGUGUCGGUGAAAACGGAACGGUGGAACCCAUUCGAAUGUCGCUGGAUUUGGUUCCUUCACCCAGCGUGCCUGCAAAGCCUUCGUCCCCUUCUCCACUCUCUCUUCUGCGAUCUCCCACAAACUCUCUUCCUGUCAGAGAUUUUCUUCUUCUGUCUCCUUCUUCCGUGAGGAGGUCUCACUCCAAGGCUCGCUUCGACGAGGAGGUGGCGGAGGGCGGCGGAGUGCGGCGGCGGUGCAAGAGCAGAGCAGCGGCGUCGCCGAGGAGUUUGCGGAGGUGGAGGCGGGAAGAGAAGGAGGCGGAGGAAAGUGUAAAACAACAGAGGAAGAGGAGACAAAGUGGAAGAGCGAAGAAGGAAAAACUCAGCUUGGUCCCUUUUCUACCACCUUCAAUUUCAUCUCCAAAAGUUGAAGAAGAGAAUGGAGGUGAUCUAGAUCGUGUUGGGGCGUUGCUCACUGAUUUGAUAAUGUGGAGAGAUGUUUCAAAAUCGACCCUUUGGUUUGGUUUUGGCUCUCUUUGUUUCUUGUCUUCUUGCUUCACUAAAGGACUCAACUUCAGCAUUUUCUCCGCCAUAUCAAGAUUGGCAAUUCUCUUGUUGGGUGUUUCAUUCUUCUCAAAUUCAGUUUGUCAAAGAAACCAGGUUGAGAAAGGGGGUUAUGCCAAACUGAAAGAAGAUGACAUUUUACGUCUUGCAAAAUUGAUUCUUCCUGCUUUGAAUUUUGCAUUUUCAAGGACUAGAGAGCUGUUCUCAGGAGAACCGUGCAUGACCCUCAAAGUAGCUCCUUUCCUUCUACUAGGAGCGGAGUAUGGCCAUCUUAUUACAAUUUGGAGGCUCUGUGCCAUUGGAUUUUUUGUCAGCUUCAGUGCACCAAAGCUUUAUUCUUGUUACUCUGCACAGAUAAACCAGCGAGUUGAGUGCUUGAAAUUGCGGUUGUUGGACACAUGGGGCGCUUGCACUCACAAGAAGAUUGUGGUCGCAUCGGUUCUUAUUACCUUCUGGAAUCUAUCUACUAUAAAGACUAGAAUCUUUACAGCGUUUAUAUUGCUUGUAAUACUCAGAUAUUUUCGGCAAAAUGUCAUGCAACAAGUAGAAGAUGGAGAAGCACAAGUGGCAGAGAAGGAACAGCUGCAAGCAAUGGUGGUGGCAGAAGAUGAGGAAGAGGAACCACAGCAGGCAUUAGUAGUUGCUGAACAACAGCGCCAAUGCUAG